CCGGCUGCACUUUCCAGUUCGUGUGCCCGAUCCGAGCGGGGCUGGUGUACGCCGCCCGCCAUCAUACAGCUACUCGUUUUACUCAAAUCUGUUUCACUUUAUUGUAACUGUUUUUGCUUUGCCUCAAAUUGCUAAUACGAUGACUUAAACCCGAUGUGAAAACGUGUAAUCAGAAUUAUAAGCUGAUAUUUGUGAUGUUGUGGUAAAAACUAAACCUGUGAACAUUAAGUUUGGAAAACCGGAGCCGUUCGAAAAGAACUGUUAGAUUUAAAAAGUGAUCUAAAAAGACAUCAAGAUGACGGUGUUCGGUCUGGUGUCGUCGGUGGCGGGCUUCGUGAAGGUCCGCUACCUCAUCGACAAGGCGGUGAUCGACAACAUGGUGUUCCGCAUGCACUACCGCAUCACCUCCGCCAUCCUGUUCCUCUGCUGCAUCCUCGUCACCGCCAACAACCUCAUCGGGGACCCCAUAUCGUGCAUCAACGACGGCGCCGUGCCGACUCACGUGCUCAACACGUACUGCUGGAUCACGUACACGUUCACGCUGCCCAACCGGCCCAGCAGCGGCAUGGUGCACCCCGGCCUGGGCAACGACUAUGAAGAGGAGAAGAGGAUCCACGCCUACUACCAGUGGGUGCCCUUCAUGCUGUUCUUCCAGGGCCUCUGUUUCUACAUCCCGCACUGGAUCUGGAAGAACUGGGAGGAGGGCAAGGUGCGAAUGAUCUCUGACGGCAUCCGAGGAACCGUCGCCAACAUCGCAGACGACCGAAGCAAACGACAGAGCCGAUUGGUGCAAUAUCUGCUGGACACCCUGCACAUGCACAACACCUACUCGUUUGGUUACUUCUUCUGCGAAGUUCUCAACUUUGCUAAUGUCGUUGGCAACAUUUUCUUCCUGGACACGUUCCUCGGAGGAGCCUUCUUGACUUACGGCACGGAAGUCGUCAAGUUCUCUAACAUGAACCAGGAACAACGAACAGACCCUAUGAUCGAGAUCUUCCCGAGGAUCACGAAGUGUACAUUCCACAAAUUUGGUGCCUCCGGAACGAUCCAGAAGCACGAUGCCCUCUGCGUUCUUGCCCUCAAUAUUCUUAACGAGAAAAUCUUCAUCUUCCUGUGGUUCUGGUUCAUAAUCCUGUCGGUGGUGUCGGGGCUGGCGCUGGUGUACUCGGCCGCGGUGGUGCUGAUGCCGAGCACCCGCGAGACCAUCCUGAAGCGCCGCUUCCGCUUCGGAACACCCAACGGAGUCGAGGCACUGGUCAGGAAGACCCAGGUGGGCGACUUCCUACUGCUCCACUUCCUCGGUCAGAACAUGUCGCUGCGAGUGUUCGGCGAGGUGCUGGACGAGUUGUCCCGGAGACUGCACCUCGGCUCCAACGCCCCCUCGGCCCCCUCCACCCUCGAGAUGGCUCCCAUAUACCCGGACAUUGACAAGUUCUCCAAGGAGACUGAGACGUAAGAUCCACAAUACGGUGUGUAAGAGCAGUACACGAAUAUAAAAGCUGACACAGAAUAUGAUUUCAUACAAAAAAAAUAAAAAUGAAUUGUGACUUUUGUGUAUUGCUCUUACUGAUAAACGAAUACUCGUUUGCAACCCACUCGUAUUUUCAUACAACUCUCCAUACUUUUACAAUAUGGAAGCAGAAAUACAUUCCGUUUUUAUUCUCUUUGUAGUAAGACUAGGCAAUUUUGUAAAGAUACAAGAAAAAAAACAUGAAAUUUCCCGCCACGUGUUGCCUUUCGUCGUCGAAGCUUGAGCUUUAAAUUUAGGUCUCAAUUUAGUGUAAAAAUAUAUUUUUGAUGCAUGUUGGACGUUUGUGAAUAAAUAGUUAAGGAAUGCGAAAUUUGUGAAGAUCUUUAAUAUGUAAAAUGAAUUUAAUAGAUUUAUAAAAGACAUUGGUGAAGACUGCUGUAGCAAUUAUAAUUCGGGAAUUUAUAAUGUGACUAACAUAAUGUGCUAAUACCAGUUGAAUGUUUUGAUACAAAUUAGCUGUAAUUAGGUAGAAAUGGAAUAAUACUGCCCUCGCGCAAACUAAUAAUGAUAAUGGUCUCCUGUGUUUACUAAUCACUUUUUGUGAGAGAUUUAUGAUUGAUGCGAAUAUAAAGACAAUACACUAUGCUGGAUAACGCAUUUCCAUAAGUAGUAUUUAAGACAUCGGUGCAAGAUGAAGGUACUAAAAGUUAGUAAAUAUUGUAUACUCAAAUUAUUGUGCCAUUGUAUGUUUCGGAUCAUCGUUGUAUUUGCGUAAACUCUUAUGGACACCAGUCUUGCAUUUCCUGUCUUCCAGCGAAAAAAACUACAUUCCUAAACAGGACCAAUCUUCAUUUUGUCUAGUUAUGUAUAAUUACGUUAAUACAUAGUACCUAGCUUAAGAUAUUAUCAAGUCAUUUUAGCCAUAUACAUUAUGACGUUUUAGAAAAUAGAUCUUAUUUAGCUUCAA